GUGCCGCGGUAGCCGAGUGAUUUCUGGUUUCGAAACAGUUUUGGAUCUAGGAUCCCUGGUUGUCGAGGGGAGGGGUCUCAUAGGGGAAAUAUAGUUAUUUUAACGACAGGGUUUGUCACGUGAGAAAAUCGAAACCGAAAGUAAAAAUAUCCAGCUACUAUAGCUACUUCCUGUUGUUACUCUAACGAGAACUAAGAAGAUCUCCGGUACAGAGGUACAGGGGAAACUGAAUACACAAUGGCGGGACGGAGGAUCCUGCUGGCCGGUUUGAUAUUGUGGGAAACAUUGAUCGUUGCGGACGGUAUGAAAUGUCUGUCGGAAGCGGGUAAAGCCGUCGAUUGGUACAUUGUUUACAAGCUGCCCAUUCUGAGAAAGAGCAUUAACCCUGUUAUGUCCCAGGGUCUUGGGUUUUAUUAUAUGGACGCAGACUCUCCUUCCUGGAAGUUGUCUAAGGUCGGGAUCGAUGGCAAUGUCACCAAUCCUGUUUACAAUACGCUGCAGCAGAUCUACAGUUCACCAAAAGACGAUAGUUACAUGUAUAUGAUGUAUAAUGACCAGACACCUUCCUCACAGAGUCUUAACCAUGGACACACUAAAGGAGUGGUGAGUUUUGAUAUUGAGGGCGGAUUUUGGUUGGUGCACAGUACUCCACGUUUCCCGCCCAACAAGACUGCAGGAUGGGCUUGGCCCAACAGUGCCAUGGAUUAUGGACAGACAUUCUUAUGUGUCUCUUAUCCCACUGCCAUGAUAGAUAAAAUUGGUGAGCAGUUUCUAUAUACGUAUCCAAAGAUUUAUGACAAAGUCUUUCCGGCCAGUUUUGCUGCAAAGUGGCCUGCAAUGAACAAGAUCCUAGGGGGUACACAGUCACAUGUUAACCAGUUGCCAUGGUACCAUACGAUGACCCUGAUGUCGACAGCUGGUCAUCAGUUUGUCAGUUAUGCCAAGUUUGGGAAAUUCAUGGCUGAUCUCUAUGAUAAUUUGGUGGCAAUAGAUCUCCAUGGCGACAUAAUGGUGGAAUCCUGGCAGAAAGGAGGGGAAAAAGAGAACCUUCCAACCAACUGUUCUGUUACAUACAAGGUGUAUAAUGUACAGAAUGUGACCUUUCCUGUUGGUGGUGUGAGUUUUCUGGAGACUAAGGAUCAUUCCAAGUGGGCAGUGUCUGUAAAUAAAGGAGGCUGGACCUGUAUAGGGGGUAUAAACAGACAGCGUUCACAGUUCCACAGAGCAGGAGGGACAGUAUGCUUCCAACAUAAACAGGUUUGGAAAAGCUUCAGAGCUCUGGUGGGAAAGUAUGCACCAUGUCCCUAGGAAACCUGGUGACAGGCAUGGAACUAGGGGCAGACAAUCAAAACUAGUCUUGUGGCAUGAUGACUUUACAGGUAUCUGUUGAGAAAUCUGGUGAUAAUGUUAUUAGUGUUAGCAAUGAACACCUGUAAUAUGUAUAACAUAACAGACAAGUCAACAUUGUUUACUUCUACAGCCUGUUAGAGGGCUAUGUUGUUGUGAUAGCCGCGAACACUAUGUUAGAUGGCUAUGUUGUUAUGAUAGGCGUGAACACUAUCAUCAGAUCGUCUAUAGUUGUAUUACAAUACAAUGGUCCGAGUGUACAAUAAGUUACAAUACCAAGUAAUAUGUUGUCACAGAACCAAACACAACUCGCCAAACAUUGGUGAUAUAUUUUUCACCUUGUUGUCAAAUAUCAGACUUGUUUUAUUGUCACUUGUAUCACAUUCCCAUAUAGCUCAGGGAACCAGUUCAUUUUGUGCCAUUGUUUUUACUUUUGUUUUGAUAUAGAUCAGGUAUACACUAGUUCUAAUUAUAUUUAAGGUGAUAGUAAGGACUUCUAUUUUCUCCCAGCACAAUAUUUCACUGCUAACAACUGAAAUGUUUUAGGUUUUAUUUGAAAGGUUAUUUCUCUUCCGACAAUAGGAUUUUUAUUAUUAUGUGUAAUUAUCUGUGUGAUAAUAUUUUUUCCAAUUUUUGUGUCACAAUAAACAAUUUUAUUUAGGAGAGAAAGGUAUAAAUCACAGAGGGCAGAAAGGUAUAAAUUACAGAGGAUGGAAUAAGGUGAAUGUUUGGAUGUGGUAUGUUAUUCCAUAACACAAUUUCUCAUUACCAAUGAUCUGAUUAUGUUGUAAAAAAUUUUCUUUGGUGUAUGGUACGUGUUUACAAAACCAUAUACAUAGUGUAUAUUUUUUUUAUAAACUUUUUCCUCUUCUGAGGAUCACACCUUAUGACAAACAUUGAUAUAUAUUUGUAUACUUGACCAAAUGUUUUUGCAAGACUUUCUUAAAGAAAUUGUAUGUCAGACUGUUCUCAGGGUAAAUUGUACCUUUUGGAUUAACCAUGUUACAGGAAGAAAUUCACGCUUUCAGCUGACUUUU